CCUGCAACUGAACGAUGAUAAAGUGCUCCCACGGCAAUAUGCGGCUUUAAGGCGUGGCGCCUAGUGGGGCAGAACUUCCGAUGCGGUCGCCGGAGCAUCGAUUGACUCAGUGGUUUUACCACAAUUUCUAAAUCUCGCGAUUAGAGCCAAGCGUCUAUCCGCCCAUCUCUGACUCUUGACUUCUUCCUUCCCUCUUCCCUCUUCUCACCAUCGUCGAGCUUUCAUCAUGUGUGGUAUAUUCGCCUGUCACAGGCACCCAGAUGUGCAGAAAUUCAAGCCCACCGCCCUGAAGAUGGGCAAGGCUGUCCGACAUCGGGGACCAGAUUGGAGUGGAAACUGGGUUGCUAACAACACUAUCCUUGUCCACGAGCGUUUGAGUAUCGUCGGCGUCGAUACUGGCGCUCAGCCUUUGGUCAAUGAAGACGAAACAGUCUCUCUGGCCGUCAAUGGCGAGAUCUACAACCACCGUAUCCUCCGCAAGGGCCUCAAGAACCCGUACAAGUUCAAGACACACUCAGAUUGCGAGGUCAUCAUUCCUCUGUAUCUCGAGCAUGACAUCGAUGCGCCCCGGUUUCUGGACGGCAUGUUCUCAUGGGUUCUUCACGACAAGACACAGGAUCGCGUACUCGCGGCACGAGACCCCAUCGGAAUUACUACCUUCUACAUGGGCAGGUCGAGCUCAUCACCUGGCGCAGUCUUCUUUGCCUCGGAGCUGAAGUGCUUGCACCCCGUUUGCGACAACAUUAUCUCCUUCCCGCCUGGUCAUAUAUACGACUCGAAGACGGACCAGCUCACCCGAUACUACGACCCCAAGUGGCUUGUUGAACCGUCCAACAUUCCCACCAAGCCGGUAGACUACAAGGAACUGAGGGCAUCAUUAGAACAAUCCGUGCGAAAGCGCAUGAUGGCGGAAGUGCCCUUUGGUGUGCUUCUCUCGGGUGGCCUUGACUCGAGUCUUGUUGCUUCCAUUGCGCAGCGGGAAACUCUGCGGUUGAACGAGGCAACGAGGAAACGAGCUGCAGAGUCCAACGGAGUCACCAAUGGAACACAAGAACAACUUGUCGGUAUUGACGAUGCCAAUGAGCUUCAGACGGAUCUACUCCUGGGACAACUGAACUCCUUCUCGAUCGGUCUGCCCAACGCUCCAGACGCCAUUGCGGCUCAGGAAGUUGCCAACUUCCUUGGAACGAAGCACCACACCUUUACGUUCACUAUUGAAGAUGGCCUCAAUGCGCUCACGGAUGUCAUCUACCACCUCGAAAGCUUCGAUGUAACGACCAUCCGCGCCUCGACACCUAUGUUCCUCCUCAGUCGCAAGAUCAAGGCCAUGGGCGUCAAAAUGGUCCUCUCUGGAGAAGGAAGUGACGAGAUCUUUGGUGGAUAUCUGUACUUCCACAAUGCUCCCGACAAAGCCGCACUGCACGCGGAAACUAUCCGCCGCGUCGAGAACCUCCAUCUCGCAGACUGCCUCCGCGCCAACAAGUCUACCUCAGCAUGGGGUGUAGAGGCGCGCGUCCCCUUCCUCGACAAAGAGUUCCUGAAUGUCUCUAUGAACAUCGACCCGGCCGAGAAAAUGAUUGAUAUGAAGAAUGGCCGUAUCGAAAAGUACAUCAUCCGUAAAGCCUUUGACACGACAGACGAGCCAGAGACGCAGCCCUACCUCCCUCAGAAGAUUCUCUGGAGACAAAAGGAGCAGUUCUCCGAUGGCGUGGGCUACGGCUGGAUCGACGCGCUCAAAGACAACGCAGAGCUGCAUGUCACCGAUGAGAUGAUGAAGAACCCCAAGCCGGAGUGGGGCAACGACAUCCCGGAUUCGAAGGAGGCGUACUGGUAUAGGUGUAUGUUUGAUGAGCAUUUCCCGAGCUACUGCGCCAGCACGGUGAUGCGAUGGACGCCCACUUGGAGCAACCAGACGGAUCCUUCAGGACGUGCCAUUGGCAUUCACGAGCAAAAGUAUGAGAACACAAAGUAAAUGCAGCCUGCAUUACACGAAAGGGAUGUUCUCGAGCAGCAAGGGGAGCAUAUUCACAUGUUCUGUUUGUAGAGGAGCGCGGCAAUGGAGUGGAUGUCUCAUUCGGAGUCUCUUCUGGCGCACAUAGACUAUUUCCGCCUAGAAACAGAUAUACCCAACAGGUGUCUGCAUACGGCGGCGAUGGCAGAUAGGAUUCGUUUUAUAGACUGUUACAUCAUUAAAGUAAUCAUCAUUUGCAAUACGUUCUCGCGCUGUAUGUCUGCCUUGGACACCUUGACAUAUCUCAUGUUUGCAUGCGACUGGCUCCGACUCUAUUGACUUGGGAUUUGGACGUCUUUACAUUGUAUAUACAUUAUUCGUCACG